AUGUUUCAAUCGACGAUUGAGCAGUUGACCGGAAUUGCAAAUCGUCCUGAAUUAUCAAGUUCGUCAAAGCGCAUUGCAGAUGCAUUAAUCGCCAACAUGAAUGAAGUUUUUGACAAACAGGGCAACUACGCUUUGAUGAAAUUUGCCUUUGGUCUAACUCCAUGGAGCCGGUCAGUCAUCCGCGCAGAAUUGAACAUGCAUACUGAGUACAAGCCAGCCGUUUCACUCUUCUUCCAAGAACCAAUACCUAUCAAUGCUGAACUUGAAAUCCCUCCAAGGAGCUACACCCCUGAUCAUUUGGAUGAAGUGGCAGAGGAUCAAUUGGACAGAAAUCUAGAUAUAGAAGAGCCCGAGAUUGAGAACGAAGCAAUUGAAGGUGAUGGCCAAGUAGAUGCAGAAGACAUUGCUCAGGAUGAAGAAGUUGAAGAGAAUGAACCAAGGAGGAGACUAGGCAGGAACCUUGGUGAAUGGGCGUCUCUGUCAAUGCAAGAAGUGGAAGAGUACAGCUUCAACGAUUUUAUGAUCGAGAUGCUUUCGAGACGUGCAGAAGCAGAAGCGAGGUUCUACAAGAGAAGUUCGGCCAAGAGCAUAGCUAAUGAGUACAAGAAAGCUCUUUCCAACUUUAUACAUAUGAAUGAGAGUGAAAUCAGGAACAACACCGACCUCACCUGCUUGGAUCAAAGGUUUUGGGUAGCAUGUGAUGCAAAUUUCAAGGCAUUGAAAGAGAUUGCCUUAAAAUUCAUGUCUAUUGCUGCAACCGAAGCUGAUGUGGAAAGAAUGAUUUCAAUUGUGCGGAACCUGCGUAAUAGGUUUAAUCAAAACGCACGUGAAGAUCUAAUAAAGUGUAGAAUCCUAUUGAAGCUUUUCAUGACAAAUGAAAUCUUGAAAAAGAUAUUUCCAGAUCUGACUGAUCUUUAA